GUCGUACGUUUACGGUUUAUCUUUCAUUCCCCUCCCUCUUUCUUAACUCUUCCCCUUCAUGUCCUAUUAUCCCCCAAAUUCAAUGGCUCAUUCUCACCAACUCGAACCCUCCCUAAACCCUAACCUUAGUUCUAACCCUCCUCCUCCGGGAGCUCCACCUCCAGCUGCCGCCGUCCUUUCUCAACCGUCCAAUGAAGAUCCCAAUCGGUCCGCCACCGCUAAACGUCCACGGGAGGAAUACACCACCGCGACGGACGAGGCAGGGUCGUCGGCUGACGCUGACCCGCCGCUAAAGAAGCGGGUUAAGGUUGCCCAAGAUGUAGUGUACCGUAUAGUUGUACCGUCAAGACAGAUCGGGAAAGUUAUUGGUAAAGUAGGGCAUCGUAUACAGAAGAUUCGUGAAGAAACUAAAGCUACUGUCAAAAUUGCUGAUGCCAUCGCUCGCCAUGAAGAGCGAGUAAUCAUCAUUAGCUCGAAAGACAAUGACGAUAUGUUUAGUGACGCGGAGAAUGCACUUCAUCAAAUUGUGUCACUUAUUUUAAAGGUAACAUUUCUUGUGAGUGAAAACCUAGUAAGUAAUUUACGUUGAACAUUUUCUUGUUUA